ACCUCAUGUGUUGGGCCUCCUCUGAGAUCUGGUCCCCGCCGACCCCCAUCCUCCCAGCAUCAGUGGGAUGUCCCAGGUGUGUCUCCUCUUGGCCUUGCUCAUGCUCUACAGCUGCACAAAGGUCUCCUCUACUAACUCCCUAGACCUUGUGAAGGAGCAGUGGAGAAGCUACAAGAACCAGUGCCUGGACUACAUCAACGCCACGCUACCCGCUAGAGGGCUGGUGUGUAACAGGACCUUUGACCUGUACGCCUGCUGGCCUGAUGGACUCCCAGGAACCACUGUCAAUGUCUCCUGCCCGUGGUUCCUGCCAUGGUAUCGGAAAGUUCAGAAGGGUCUGGUCUACAGAGUCUGCAAAGAAGAUGGUCAGUGGGCACAAAAAAAUACCAGCGAAUGUGAGGACGACCCCAGUGAGCAGCAGUAUGGACGCAUCCUCAGUCAGUUACGGAUCAUGUAUACAGUGGGCUACUCGCUAUCCCUGGGAGCUCUGCUACUGGCACUGGGAAUCCUCAUCACCUUCAGGAGGCUCCACUGUAUGAGGAACAACAUCCACAUGAACCUGUUUGCCUCCUUCAUCCUGAGGGCUGUGUCCAUCCUGGUAAAAGACGCCCUGCUGACCGUCACUCUGGACCCCAGGAGCAGCAGCGACACGCAGACACAAGCCUGGGUCAACAUACCGGCUGUGACGUGGUGUCGUGGUGCCAUGGUGAUGAUGCAGUACAGCGUGAUGGCCAACAAUUAUUGGCUGCUGGUGGAAGGCAUCUAUCUGCACAGCCUGCUAGUCAUCACAGUGUUCAGCGAAAGGAAGUACUUCUACAUUUACCUGGUCAUCGGCUGGGGUGCACCUCUCAUAUUUGUGUUGCCGUGGAUCACUGUGAAACAUCUGUAUGAGAAUGAGGAGUGCUGGGAGAGGAAUAUUAACAUGGGAUAUUGGUGGAUCAUCCGUUCUCCUAUAUUGUUUGCUUAUCUGAUUAACUUCUUCAUAUUCAUCCGAAUCAUCAAAAUCCUGAUGUCUAAACUCAGAGCUCAUCAAAUGAGAUACACUGACUACAAAUUCAGACUGGCAAAGUCCACUCUGACUCUCAUCCCCCUGCUGGGGAUUCAUGCCAUCCUCUUCACCUUCGUCAUCGAUGAGUCGGUUCCCAAAGGCUCCAUGCUGCGCCUCAUUCGCCUCUUCUGUGACCUUCUGUUUAACUCCUUCCAGGGCCUGCUGGUUGCCAUCCUGUACUGCUUCGUCAACAAGGAGGUUCAGUCAGAGAUGCUGAAAAAGUGGAAGAGGUGGAAGCUGGGUAAGGACAUUGACGAGGAGUACCGCCACACCCACAGCCACACGCCGCACAUCAAGGGUGGCAGCAUUGCCACCGGCAAUCUCCCCGACCCCCACGACAACAACGGCAGUGACCCCAGCGGUGACUCGCCUCGCCUCAACAAAACUGACAGAGGCUCGUCCUGCUCUGCCGCACCGGAGGAGAACCGCCGACUGGUCGUCUCCUACAGCAACGGGACGGGGAAGGACAGGCCCACCAAAAGUAGACACACCCUGCAGUUCUCUUUCCUGCCACACCAAGGCCCCGCCACCCAUGUCAGCACCACCACAGAGGACAUGUAUCUGGAAGAGCGGGCAAGACAGCCAGACAACAAGACAGCCUGCGUGGGAAUGAGGAUAAUGAGGAAGUGAACUGCAUGGAUCAGGAUACCCACCUGCCCAGCUGCAAAUGAGUAUUUAUUGGUUUUGGGACCUUGAGCAAAAAAGCACUUAUUGACUUCAGACAUCAGGAAUGAUUAAACUCUAGCGGUGUUUCAGUGUGAGUGUGUGUAUGAUGUCAUUUCGACACUUUGCAACCGACCCUCUCCAAAUCUUUCCAUCUGUGCUACUGUUGCCAUUGUGAGUCAUGCUUGUGUUGUGAGUUUGUUUGCAGCGAUGGACGCUCAUUUGUGAUACCUUCCUACAAAAAACUCUUGGUGUCAGUUUUUUGUGUUGUCUUGUUUUUCUUUUCUUCUAUGGUUUUAUGAACCUGAAGGUGGAAUACAGUGCGCAUGACCCCUGACAUCUUGGUCACGGACAGCGUAAGAAAGACAGGAGAGAGCAAUUCACUGGAGGCCACUGACUCCAUGCUUACACAGCCAUGCUGAGGCAGCCUCACAGAAGAUGGAGGCUUUCAUCUUCAAGACCGAGCUAUGAUUUUUAAGUUAUUCUGGUUUUAAACGACCAAAGCCAAACAAGAAAAUAAUAAUAUACCUUUGUGGGUUUUACAUCAUUUGGGCAAAGCAUUAAAUCCGUUCUUUCAUGCGCAUUGCUUUCCUCUUUUGUUUUCUGUACCAACUCUAUCUUUCUCCUUUUUUGAACAGGUUCUCCUGUCUGAAUGUAUAUGAACAAGUAGAGAGUAUGGGUGACACAAUGUUUAAGUGUAAAUAUGUAAGUAGAAAUACACACUACGUCCACAGCUCCUGGUUUCAUCCAGUGGUGAGACUUAAUUUAAAAUCUUGAUUUGCCUUCGUACAGGCUCGAAGUAAAAAUUCAUACAUGACACACUGGCAGUUAAAUGCAUGAAAAUCAGUUUGGCAAAUGUGACUUUCGGUGUUACAUAACAGAAAGUUGUUCCAGAUCCUUGUCCAUACAGCUGCACAUUUAUCCAGUAAAUAGAAUUCAGGCAAGUGCAGAAAAUUACAUGUUUUUGUACACAAAAAUACAAUAUGUACAGAUGAGAGAAGUUCUUUUAUAUGCCAGGAAGGAUUUUAAUGGGAAAUUGUUACAUUUCAUAACAUAAUGUGUGUAUAUUUUUUGUUGAAAAAAAACACCACAUUAGCGAUGGAGGAAGAGAUUUUAUUUUUGUUUUCUCCCUCUGCAGAUUGGAUCAGGGCUUGCAUUUCAUGACAAAGAAAGCUAAAUGUGACUCACAGAGCUACUUUUAUUACUUUGACUUCAGGAAAUGAGAAAAAUUAAGCAAGGUUUAUUUUGAUAAAAAAUUCAGAUUCAGUUUAAUUGUCAAUAGAUUUCAAUCAAGAUGGAGCCAACAAGGAAUUUCACAAGGAGACUCUUGAUAAAGUUCUUGAUCAAGGAUGGAAAAAAUGUGUUUGAAGUGCAUUGUAUAAUGUAAAUAUUGAUGAAAGUGAAUAUUAUAAAGACAAAGAAGUGGUGGGUGGAGGGAUGUGUUGUUGUUUAGUGAAAUGAAAAUGAACAUGACUACUUGCCUUGCGAAGAGACUCUGUAUUGCAGAACAUGAUCGCACCUGUCCUUCAGUUUAAAGUCUUGCAUAUGUCAGGAGGGGGCCAAAAUAAAAAAUGUCAUGAGUGAAAGCAAAAAGUUUUAUAUAAAAGCCAAAUUGUUGUGUCUCAUAUGUCUCUAUGGAUCCAAUUAAA